CCGUCUCCUCGAGGAAACAGCCGGCGAGCGCAUGACGGGUCGCUCAGGCGAAUCUCCGUCGGAUUUCCGCCACUUUCCGGUCCCGCCUCUUUCAAGGCUACUCUCUCUCUCUCUCUCUCUCUCUCUCCAUAUAUAAAUAGAGUCGCCAUUCAAAUCCCCAGAAGAACCAGACUGCUUCUCUCUCAUCUCCAUUCAAAUCCAGUCGAUCGAUCUCUCUCUCCCACGCUCGAGCUCGCUCCCUGUCGCGAUCGCAAGGAAGAUGGCAGAAUCACCUAAGGACACGGCAGUGGUGAAUCAGAAAGAGGAUAAAUCAUUACUAGAUGCUGAAUUUGGAAAGGAGUUCCUGACCUCCUGGAAGUCGUUGUCUGUGGCAGAAGAUGAUGCAGUGGAUUUUAGCUUUGAUACAGUUGGCAAAGGCAAAACAAAGAAAUUCAACUUUGAUAAACUGGAUGUUGAUUUUAACCUGGAUGGCGACUUUGACAAGUUUUCAUCAUUCAAAGUGGAUAUGCCAGAUCUUGAUUUCUCUCGUCCAUCUAAGAAAUCUCCAAACAAGGACAGAAAUGAAGCAGAAUCACCUGAUGAAGGAAAUUCCAAGAAAAGAUUUUCUUUCUCCUUUGAUUUUAAUGAGUUGGAUGGCUUUAAUCUUGAUUCACCCAUGACUGAGGGAGAACAAGGUGGGAAGAAGGUUACAGGAAGCAAAGGGACAUCAUCACAGAUGAAUGAGCACCAGGGCUUGAAAACUCGCCUUCCUGAGGCAGUUCCUGACUCUGAGGUUAAUGCUAUGAUUGAUAAUGUUCAAUCAUCACGCUGUGUGGGUACACCAGAGAUUCAAGUAGGAACUUCUGUAACUUCAACUUCUAUGCCUAACCCAAGAAUGGAUUGGGUGCCAAAGCCCACAGCCUGUAGAAAUGCAAUUACAGAACAAUCUUCUUUCGAAAGGACAAACAGUGGGUGUUCUUAUGAAUCUGAUCAACAAGAUCAUUCAUCAGACAAAACAGCGUCAAGAGAAGUACAUAUUCAGCCUGGGGUUGACACAAAUUUAAGUACCAUCCCAGAGCUUCCAAGAAAGGAUUUGUCUAUUGUCAACAGUUUAAAUUGCACUUUGGGUGAAGAGCAGAGUAACAGGGAAGAAUCAGAAGGGGAAGCCACAUAUUCUCAUGGCAACAUGCAGUCAGAAGGUUCAAGUGUGCCACAUGUUCCAGGAACAGAAGGCGAGGCAAAUGGAAGCAAUAAACCUUUUCUUGAUACAUUGAAUGCUACUAAGGCUGAUAACGAAGACGCCAAGCCUGUGACAAGUCUUAAUGAUACAGCCUGUAUUAUCCCAAGUAAAGUACUGCAUGAUAGUGAAAUGGCUGUUUUCAGUAGAGAGCCUGGACAAGCCCACUCGAAUCGUUUCAAGAGAUCAGAGGAAACUACAAGUCAGUCUUCUCGAGAACCAUCAACUGGGAGAAAGCUUACUCAAUUGAGCAGCAAAGGACUUGCUUCUUUACAUCUAAAUGAAACUAGGUUGGGAGAUAAUGCCAAGGAUUCUCAAGUUGGGGGAAAGUCACUCGUUGGUCUAAAUUCACUGGCAAGGGAGCAAACAAAAAGGCAACCUCCUCUGGCUGAAUGCCAUAUCAGUGUGAGACCCACUUCUCCACUGGGUUCUCUAUGCAAGACGAGCAGUUUAAAUGAGUUGUCAAAACCAAUUGAUAAGAUAUGCGUGAAUCCUGAAGUCACGAAUUCCAGCAAGGAGUCUUUUAAGGAUUCAAGGGUCAGAAAUGUUGAUGUGAAGAACAGUAACUCUCUUAAUUCUGCCAAGAGGGCUUUUCAUCUUUCUAGCUUGAGAAUGAUGAGGGCCAUAAGAACCAGAGAAGGCCAACUUGGUUCUAAUCCUACAGAGGAAAUCAGUUCCAUGAGGGACUCUGAGCAAAUUACAGCUAAGCGAGCGUUACCUCAUUGUAGCAAAAGCACCGAAAAUGGAUCACUUCUCAAGUCAUCCUUAAAGCGGAAAUCAUAUGAGGGAUUAGACGCCAAUUUAAUGCCAUUUAGUCCAUUAAAACAGCUCUCUCGGUCUCCAAGUGAGAAAAGAAGUUUCAGAGAUUCCUCCAAAACUGUUGUCACAGAACAGGGGUCAGUUGCCAAUUUGAUGUCAUUUAGUCCACCGGAAUGGCCCUCUGAAGCUCCCAGUGAAAAAAGAAGUUUCAGAGAAUCCUCCAAAGCUGUUGUCACAGAACAGGUUUGCAUUCAUGAGAACACCGAUCAAAGCAAAACGGACAGUCUGUCCGGUGACCAUCCUAAAUUUCAGCUUAAGAUUUCUCCUAAGGCAAGGUCCACCGAAAUUGGAAGUCCAUCAGUCAUGGAAUCUGAUGAAAGUGUUGAAAAGGCUGAAGCUUAUACCAAGGAACUUGAAGAUAUCUGCAACAUGCUAAAGAAGAAGCAGGAAGAAGCUAAAGAAUUGCUUGUUCGAUCACUUGUGACCAACAACAAUCUGUUAAUGCUUAAUCAUCCCAUCUACGAAGAACAGAUCCGUAGGGUGCAAAAGUAUGCAUCACGGCUCAUGUCCAAGGAGAUUCACACUUGAAGUUGUAUCAGACGAGGUAUCUACUUUGCCUCUCUCUCUCUCUCUCUCUCUCUCUCUCUCUCUCACUCAAAAACACAUAACAUUCACGAUUGUGUAUGAAUCACACCCAGACAGAAUAGAUCAUGGAUGCAUGUGCCUCUAAUUGUCUCCUUGCUCAGACACUUAUCUGAACAUGGGAGCAAUGAUGAAUCAGGAAAGUAUAUGCAGGCUUGUUUCUCAGACUUUUGGAUUGUGGAAGCAUACUGGCUUCCUGCAUAUAUUCAGGGGGUCUCUUUUUGGCACCCUGUCGGUUUGGGAUGAAAUUCCAAGGACAUUUCCGGGUGCUUUGCUGAAUCAAGACUAUUUUUCUUCAUUACUUACCUUACCCCGCCC